AUGAGGAUAACUCUGGAAAUAUUAUUAUUGGAGAAGAAAACCAAGAGAAACUCUCUUUGAAGACUAACUAAACUCAAAGACAAUAGAAGUGUGGGCAGGCAGGCAUGUGAUAAAAACGAUGAGAAGAUUUCUUUUAUUUUCUUGGUGCCUUUGUUGGAGAUAUGUCUUUGUCAGAACUCAGAAGCAACGCACUCGCACACAUUCGAUUCCAUCUGAGCUUAUAGAGACAAAUUUAAAGAUGGAUCGUGGGAUUGCUUCCAGUAGCAGAGAUGGAUCUCAGACUGCUUCGCCUGAUGUAUUGGCAUUCAAGAAUAUUAAAAAUCCUAUCAAGAAGCAGAUCAAUAGUUGUGGCACAAUCUGUGUUAAACAAGAUGAUGAUCCAUGCCAUUUAUUGCGUCUUCUUUAUGAGAGUCUAAUAGCAGGAGGAUUAGCUGGUCUUGUGGUAGAAGCUGCUCUAUACCCAAUUGAUACUAUCAAAACUCGAGUGCAGGUAGCUCGAGAUGGAGGGAAGAUUAUAUGGAAAGGGUUAUACUCUGGUCUAGGUGGCAACCUUGCUGGUGUCUUACCUGCUUCUGCCUUAUUUUUCGGUGUAUAUGAACCUACCAAACAGAAGCUGCUCAAGGUUUUACCCGAAAACUUCAGUGCGGUUGCACAUUUGGCUGCAGGUGCUUUAGGAGGUGCUGUUUCAUCUAUUGUUCGUGUACCAACCGAAGUUGUUAAACAGCGGAUGCAAACGGGACAAUUUGCUUCGGCACCUGAUGCUGUUCGGCUUAUUAUAGCCAAGGAAGGCUUUGGAGGCAUGUAUGCGGGAUUCGGAUCUUUCUUGUUGCGAGAUUUGCCUUUUGACGCUCUUCAGUUUUGUGUAUAUGAGCAGUUACGGAUUGGAUACAAGUUAGCUGCGAGAAGAGAUCUAAAUGAUCCAGAGAACGCAAUGCUUGGUGCAGUUGCUGGUGCUGUUACUGGAAUUUUGACCACUCCUCUAGACGUAAUCAAAACCAGACUAAUGGUUCAGGGCGCAGGGAAUCAGUAUAAAGGGGUCUCGGAUUGCGUUAAGACGAUAUUGAGAGAAGAAGGGUCAUCAGCUUUGUGGAAGGUGAAUUCAUUUCUGUACACACAUUUCUGACAAGUCUGAAACUAUGUAUUAUACAGGGAAUGGGCCCGAGGGUUUUGUGGAUAGGUAUUGGAGGUUCAAUUUUCUUUGGAGUUCUGGAAAAGACAAAGCAGAUUCUUUCAGAUCAGAGCAGCCAAAAGAUUCAUAAGGCUUAAACUGUUAGAUUCUACAUCAAUGAUGUAGAUAUCUAAACUCUUUACGUUUCUUGCUUGAUUUUAAGGCCAUCUCUUCUAUUUUUCUAUCAGUCUCUACCUUUAUUAUACUUUUGCUCCAUAAGGACUUCGUUUCUUCCGGAAGGAUUGCGAUCUUGGUGGCUUA